UGACAUCAGGCGCACCGCACCCUCCUGGACUAUAAAAGCGGGAUGGACGCGCUAAGGAAGCCUCGUCCAAACUCACAGAGACGCUACAGCAGAGAGGAGCGGGCCGAUCACUGCUGCAGGACUCAUGGCACCAGCUGGGGAGAAGAAGAGCAUUUUGCAACGCCUGGAUGCAGGAGAGAUCGUUGUCGGGGACGGAGGCUUUGUCUUCGCCCUGGAGAAGAGGGGCUACGUCAAAGCGGGACCGUGGACACCUGAGGCUGCUGCCGAGCACCCUGAAGCCGUGCGGCAGCUGCACAGAGAGUUCUUGAGGGCAGGAUCCAACGUCAUGCAGACGUUCACUUUCUACGCAAGUGAUGAUAAACUGGAGAACAGAGGCAACACCCAGCGCUUCACUGGGCAGCAAAUAAACGAAGCAGCUUGUGACCUGGCCAGAGAGGUGGCCAAUGAGGGGGACGCUCUGGUGGCAGGGGGGGUCUCUCAGACCCCCUCUUACCUCAGCUGCAAGAGUCAGGAUGAUGUCAAGGCCAUCUUUAAGAAGCAGAUUGAUGUGUUUGUCAAGAAAAAUGUGGACUUCCUGAUCGCAGAGUAUUUUGAGCAUGUGGAAGAGGCUGAGUGGGCAGUCGAGGUUCUGAAGACCACCGGCAAGCCUGUGGCUGCAACCCUGUGUAUUGGACCUGAGGGAGACCUGAACGGAGUCAGCCCUGGAGACUGUGCUGUCAGACUCGUCAAAGCUGGAGCUCAGAUUGUGGGCAUUAACUGCCACUUUGACCCGGAGACCUGCGUGAAGACUGUGAAGCUAAUGAAGGAGGGAGUGGAGAAGGCCGGGCUGAAGGCUCACUACAUGAGCCAGCCGCUGGCUUACCACACUCCUGACUGCAACUGCCAGGGUUUCAUCGAUCUGCCCGAGUUCCCCUUCAGUCUGGAGCCCAGGAUCCUGACCAGAUGGGACAUGCAGAAAUACGCCCGGGAGGCUUACAACGCUGGCAUUCGUUACAUCGGAGGCUGCUGCGGGUUUGAGCCCUAUCACAUCCGCGCCCUUUCUGAGGAGCUGUCAGCUGAGAGGGGUUUCCUGCCUGCUGGCUCAGAGAAACAUGGCAACUGGGGCAGUGGCCUGGAAAUGCACACAAAGCCUUGGGUCAGAGCCAGGGCCCGUCGUGACUACUGGGAGAAGCUGAAGCCUGCCUCCGGCCGUCCCCUCUGCCCAGCAAUGUCGGUCCCCGACGGCUGGGGUGUCACCAAAGGCCAUGCUGACCUGAUGCAGCAGAAGGAGGCCACCUCCCAGGUGCAGCUCCAGGCUCUCUUUGACAAGGCCAACAAAGGCCAAUGAGCUUCCUCUGUUUGUACGGAGGAAGCCGGGGGAUCGCAGUCCAUGUACCACACGUACCAAAAAGAUCAAAAUGCUGAAGGCCUUUUGUCUUUUUAGGAACAUAUUUACUCUGUCGACGCCUGGUUACCACAUGCUGACAUUUCAGUGAAUAUCUGUAUAAGAUUAUCACGACCACGAGACUUGUAAAAUUACUGUGACAGCAAAAACUCAAGAGCAGCUGCGAAUGCACACAGGUGAUGUCUUCAACACUCCAAAAGUGCCUCAUGUUCUCUUACAAAAGAACUGAAUGAUGCGUAAUAAACUUUGUCUGAACAAAAUCAGCAUGC